AACAAUUAACUUCCAAUUUUUUAUUGUUUUCAUUGAUUUGAUUUUCUAAUUAACCAAAUAAUGGCAACCUCAUGAUCUUCAAAUUAGCUGCGACCCGAGAGAGACAAUUAAAUCAUAAACAAUUAUGAUGAUGACAAUCAAAUUUAAAGUAUUUAAAUUAUCAACAUUUUCUUGAUUAAGUUUAAUUUCUGUUCAACCUUUGAAGUAAUAACAACAAUUUAUAUCUAAUAAUUUAAAUCAACAACGUUAAUCAUGUUGGACCAUUCAGUUAAAUUAAUUGGUUUAUGUUGUGUUGCAGUUUUAAUUGUUGGUGUUUUAUCCCAAGAAGUGGUUAAUCCUAAUCAAGAUAUUCCUCCGAGAGUUGUCAAUCUAAAUAUACCUCUCUUCGUUAAGAUGAGAUUGGAGACGAAAAAUUUGACCGAAUUCACGCACACGGACAUGGACCUUACAGUUCUAACGGGAAUGGUUCGAGUUCUUCUCGAUCGUAAGAUCUACAGAAACGGAACAAUCGUCGGUCCAGUUCGAGUGUUUCUCUUUGGUGUUGGAAUCUCUUAAUUGUUGCUUAAAAGAAAAUCGCAUUUGAUAUUUUCUCUUGUAUCUCUCUGAUCGUUUUGUUAAUCAUCGAAAUAAAUUAUCAUUGUUUGACUUAAUU